UUUUGGUUAGUGUGUGCAGUGAAUGGCCAGCAUUUCACUCACUGGUUUUGCUUUUAUUGUUACUCCUUAAAAUGAUGAUGUGUUUCAGAAUAUCCUUGAUUAACUUGCUUGGGUUGUAUCUAAUAUUUUCUGAGGAUCACAGUGGAUGCUGCUUGGACACUGUUUGGGAGCCGCCAAGGCCAAGCAUCGGUCAUCUGCAGGCUAUCAUUGACAAGCAAAGCCUCUUGGUGAGCUGGCUGGUAAACCACAGUGGCUUAGUGGGCGACAUUUAUGAGAUCCAGAUCAGCCGCACUGAAAACCGCACCGUUAUUUACAACAGAAAUAUAAGUGUAUUUUCCGUGGAUUCAGAUGAAUACACAUGGACAUGGGCCUCUGAUCUGCCUCUGGAGUGCGUCGAUCACUCGGUCAGGAUACGACAUUUCUAUAAUCAGUCUGUCCCGAGUCCCUGGAGCAAUUGGAUAACCAACUAUGGAGCCCAGGCAAAGGUUACGACCGAGAUCUUCCCAAACGAGCGGAUGCUGAGAGAGGGCACCAGUGCCAUGUUCUGCUGUGUUCCCCCAAGAGGAGUCAAUAUUACUAGCAUGACCCUCAAUAACAACAAAUACAAUCUUAUCAGCAUUGGAGCCAGAGUCAAGGCUAUCGCUGUAGACAACCUGACCAUCCCAACAACAAUCAUUAAAGCUCUUUCAGUCAGCUGCAGUGAUGCAACAGGCAAGAUCAGUUAUGCCUGGAACUACGUCAGUUUUCCUCCCCAGAAGCCCAGAAACCUCAGCUGUGCGACCUCAGAUAUGACAACUGUCAUUUGCACCUGGGAUUCAGGCAGAAAACGAUACCCACACGAUCGCAACAAGCAAACACACACUCUCCACAUAGAGAACUCAGACCAGGCUCCCAUCAAAUGCGAGGAGUUGUCUUGUACUUUCCUGGCUGUCCCACAGUUGGAAGAAUACAACAUCAAUGUGGUGCUUAAGGACCAGCUGGGUGAGGAGACAGAGAGCUACAGCUUCAACAUCUCUGACAGAGUGUUUCCUGUUGUGGAGUGGGACAGAGUGAGCCCUGGGGUGACAGACACGACUGUGUCCUGGAUCGUACAGGGGAACUUGACUCAACUGAACCUCCUCUGUCAGGUCACUACAGACCCAGACAGCAUCACUGAGCUUAGCGGCAAUAGUGUGAGUGGUCUCUACAAAGUAAAAGUGGAACAUCUGCUUCCCAACACCCGCUACUCUGCCAGGGUACGCUGCUUGGCCAAUGGCAGGCUCUGGGGAGAAUGGACACAGCCCGUAUUCUUCACAACCUAUCCGUUGGUGACCUUGGAUGUAUGGAGGAGAAUAAAGCAGCUGUCCGACCCGAACGGUCGUCAACUUACUCUAUUGUGGAUUCCACAUGUUCCUGGCUCAGCAGCCACGGUGAACAUCCAAGGCUACAUAGUUCAGUGGUUGCAGGAAGGCCAAAACUGGACGGAGUGGAAGGACAGUGAACAAACCCAGGCAGAGGUCUCCAUCGGUCCAGGACAGUAUGACUUCACUGUCCAGGCUGUUCUCCACAUUGGCUCCACCCCCCCUGCUCACAUCACCAUCCCACAGAGGGACGAUGGAGAAAACCUCCUAGUAGCGAAGCGGUUGAGCAGCAGCACAGCUGCUGGUUUUAAUCUGUCCUGGGAAGAGCAGGACACUGCCACCUGUGGCUAUACUGUGGAGUGGUGCAUUCUGGGAAAUGCUUUGCCUUGUAAUCUGCAAUGGAUGAAGGUACCAGAUGGAAACAACACAUUGUUUCUACCAGCUAGAAAUUUCAAAGCAGGUUGUAGGUUCACAUUUAAUAUCUACGCAUGCACUGAAAAUGAACACAGACUACUGGAGAUACAGACUGGAUACUCACAAGAACUCAAAUCUGUAAAGUCCCCGAGUCUGGUUGAACCUGUUCAGAAAACUUCCUCAUCUGUGACACUGGAGUGGCGUUACGAUGAGGAUGAUCCGGCUCAUCCGGCAUUUAUCACUGGGUAUCUGGUUACAGUGCAGGAAGUAGGAUCUGAUACGCUGCCAGGUCAUGCAGCAAAUCUGUUCAGUGUGUCCGUGGCAGACCCUCACAGGAAGUCUGUGACCAUAGAGAAUCUGCAGCAGAACCAAGAGUAUGCUUUUUCUGUGAGUGCUCUCACUAAGGAGGGGCCUGGACAACCAGCCAGUGUCACCACCAGGACCAGAACCAACAACUCUGCUCACUUGGCCAAGAUACUGACUCCCAUCUUCUUACUGCUGGGCUGCACCAUUCUGCUGUGGCCUCAAAGAAAAAUGCUAAAGAGUUGGCUGAAGGACAUAUUUGCUUAUCCUGCUGGUAUGAACAUCAAAAUUCCAGAGUUAGACAGCUUCCUGCCUGAGACUGGUGAGAGGAUACAGUCUCAGAAGGUGGAGUGCAGCAGCUGUGACAUUGAGAUCUUGAAUACUAGACCUCUGAAUGAAACAACCGCACUGAGAGAUCCUGAACCCCUGAACACACUGCAGUCUCCUGGUUCCCAGUCCGCUUCUUCAACCUUGUCAUUUUCCUGUGUGCCGCUCCACGCAAACUACUGUCCACAGUCAGCCACAGUCUGGGACAGACCAAUCCUUCAACAAAUAGCAUGCAAGACAAAUAAGACUUAUUUUUACACCAUGGAGGAGGAUUCGUCUGAGGCACAAGUCAUGUUCGAUGAAAUCAAUGAACCUUCUGAGAGUCUGCAGGAAUCAUGUAGUGUUAUAUAUAGUUAUAUCUCCAAUGAAACUUUAUAAGUACACCAAGCCCAAGACUUCUCUGUCAUAUGUUUCAUGUCUCCAUUUCAUGAGAGUAAAGACUGGAAAUAGAUGCUUUGUUCAUUAGACAUAAUGUGAACCUGCAGCUUUCUAAUGUAAAAAUGCCGAAAAUGACCUUCUUGUUUUGUAGAAGCAUUUUUGAUGAACUAUAGUGUUAAGUGUCAAGUUCACUGACAAAUACAUUGCAUUUCCUGUGACUACUUCAUAAUAAAAAGUCAACUUGCCAGUUAAA